AUGACACCAAGUCCUCACGCCCUGACCCCCACGACACCAAGUCCUCACGCCCUGGCCACCACGACACCAAGUCCUCACGCCCUGACCACCACGACACCAAAUCCUCACGCCCUGGCCACCACAACACCAAGUCCUCACGCCCCUGGCCACCACGACACAAGUCCUCCGCCUGGCCACUACGACACCAAGUCGUCACGCCCUAGCCACCACGACACAAUUGCCGACACCAAGUCCUCCCUGCUCCACGACACCAAGCCCUCAAUCCCUGAUGCCAGACCUCAAUUCCUGAUCCCACAACACAAGUCCUCACGCCCUGACCUCCCACGACACCAAGUCCUCAAUCCUGAUCACCACGACACCAAGUCCUCACGCCUGACCUCCACGACACCAAGUCCUCAAUCCCUGAUCACCACGACACCAAAUCCUCACGCCCUGACCACCACGACACCAAGUCCUCAAUCCCUGAUCACCACAACACCAAGUCAUGGGUCCACCACGACACCAAAUCCGCCUGACCACCACGACACCAAGUCCUCACGCCAUAGCCACCACGACACCAAGUCCUUACGCCCUGACCACCCGACACAGUCCUCCGGACCUCCACGACACCAAGUCCUCAAUCCCCUGAUCACCACGACACAAAUCCUCACGCCUGACCACCGACACAGUUCUCAAUCCUGA